AUGGAGCUUUUUCAGAGUGUGCAGAAAUGGUUGAGAGAGAUACAGGGGAGCUUUGCUUAUCUUCUUACGACAGCUUUUCCCUUCUCGGCAGAAUUUACGCCCGCACGCAAUCUGAUUUUGACUUUCAAUCUACAAGAAGACUACAUCAAAUCGUGCUUUAUACGAAAGAGAGAAGAUAAAUCGGAAACCCUAGCAUUAAAUAAUUGGCCGAGUUCAUCGGUUGUCUUGCCAUUCUCUUGGCUUUCUUUUUUCCUUUUGGAUAUAACCGGACUUCCCAACCGUCGCCGGCAUGCCAAUCCCGUUCUCAAUGCUCAGUCGCACACUGCUCUCGCCGCGCUCAGUGGAGCAGUCGGCCGUUCCAGCUUCUGUUCUAUUUGCGUCUUUUCGACUGUUGAGCCAAAAUUGCACCCUCGAUCGAAGGCGCUGUCUCUGGAGGAACAAGAAAUUGCAGUCGUCAUCUACUUUGCCGCCGGCGAAAUCAUCCCCGAUGACGUUUUCCGAGAACAUAGAUUGUCUGCUACAGUCUGCGCGCCGCCGAUGGCCUACCGGAGGGACGAUUUGCAGGCAGAGCAGCAUGACGGAAUUAUAGGAUGUGUUCUCUACUGUAAAACAUCGUACAGUUCUUCAUCCGGAGGUCGAGUUUUCCAAUGGAUUCAGUCGAAAGAUCUGUAUAAGAACUUCGAUAUUGGACUCUAUAUGGAAUGGUUUUUGCCGAAUUGUCUACUAUCACGGGAAAAUUUCGUUAGCCUUCUUUACUCUUUGAAGAGCAAGUUCUAUAGCUCAGGCGACCUGAUUCUUCAUAUGUCCCGAUUCAACGGGUGCCCUCUGACCAGGCGUAUUGAAACGUCGAGAAAAGAAUUCAAGGUGGCUCGUUUCAAUGAAUUCAAGGUGGCUCGUUUCAAGAAGGACCCGGAAGACGUGACGGGGCUGACCAUCGGAGGACAGGUGGCGAUCGAUAAGCUCGUGGAGAAACAGAAGCAGCAGUGUUUGGUUUCCAGGCAAGGUCUUCAUGAUAGGUAUACUCUGAGGAAAAUGCUAGAACCACAGACAGAGCGUCCGGCUUGGCUGUUUGGUGGGAAAAGGACUUGGGGUCGAAAAAACUUACAGAUAGAACCUACAGCAAAAAAAUUGGGCUCUCGUCGACGUAGAAGAUGGGGUUUCCGACGAGCCAAGGGCUGCAGGUCUCAAAAGCACAUAGAGUACAUGCAGAAAAAAACACCCAACUACCAGGGGACUGUAUACUAUGCAGGCGGAGGAUAUUUUCCGCCGCUCAUUUCUCAGGCUAUUGCUAACCGUUUCCCUCAAUUGGUCUCUGAGCAAUUCAUGAAGCUGAAGCAACUAACUGUGCUUACUCUGGUUGACACUAACAAGAGGGCGUGCAGUGGGACGGGAGGGAAUUACAAUUUCAACAUGGAGAGCAUUUGUGGGGGUCACGAAGUUCGGAUUUUUAGGGACCCAUGUUGGUACAUGAGGUGGACGGGAUCCACUUGUCGUAAGAGGGUUACAGGCUAA